UCUGCAUCUUCCCACCCUCCUCUGCUGCAUCAGCACCAGCCUCUCUCCAUCCUUAGAGCAUCUUUCUCUCCCCAGCCUGGCUGAGCAACGAGGCUUGGGUUUAUCUCCUGCUGCCAUUACCUGAGCCCUCCCUCCCUCCCCCAACCUUCUCCUCCAUCACCCCACAGAAGAGGGGUUCACGCCAGCCACCGUGUGUGUGUCUGCUGUGCCACAGGGAGGGGGGGGAGACGAAACCGACUGAGGACCGGCAAGCACAAUGAAGGAUCGUACCCAGGAGUUGAGAACUGCCAAAGACAGCGACGAUGAGGAAGAGGUGGUGCACGUGGACCGAGACCAUUUCAUGGAUGAAUUCUUCGAACAGGUGGAGGAGAUCCGUGGCUGCAUUGAGAAGCUCUCGGAGGAUGUGGAGUUGGUGAAGAAGCAGCACAGCGCCAUCUUGGCUGCGCCCAACCCAGAUGAGAAGACCAAGCAAGAACUGGAGGACCUCACAGCUGAUAUCAAGAAGACUGCCAACAAGGUGCGCUCCAAGUUGAAAGCGAUUGAGCAGAGUAUUGAGCAGGAGGAAGUGCAGAACCGGUCCUCAGCUGACCUGCGGAUCCGGAAAACACAGCACUCAACCCUCUCCCGCAAGUUUGUGGAAGUGAUGACGGAGUACAACACAACCCAGUCCAAAUAUCGAGAUCGUUGCAAGGACCGUAUCCAGAGGCAACUGGAGAUAACUGGCAGGACAACUACCAAUGAGGAACUAGAAGACAUGCUGGAGAGCGGCAAGUUGGCGAUUUUCACCGAUGAUAUCAAAAUGGACUCACAGAUGACGAAGCAGGCCCUGAACGAGAUCGAAACCCGGCACAAUGAGAUCAUCAAACUGGAAACCAGCAUCCGGGAGCUGCAUGACAUGUUUGUGGACAUGGCUAUGUUGGUGGAGAGCCAGGGCGAGAUGAUUGACCGCAUUGAAUACAAUGUUGAGCACUCUGUGGAUUAUGUGGAAAGAGCCGUCUCUGACACCAAGAAAGCCGUCAAAUACCAGAGCAAGGCUCGGAGGAAGAAAAUUAUGAUUAUAAUUUGUUGUGUGGUCCUCGGUAUAGUACUGGCCUCCUCCAUCGGGGGCACGCUUGGGUUGUAAAUUAAAAGCAAAAAAAAAAUUAAUAAUAAUAUUAUAAUAAUAAUUUAAAAAUUGUACAUGCAGUGGAUAUAACAGCACAUGUUCCAGCUACCUAUAGAUAAAAAGAACUUUAUCAGGUCAGCAAAUCUAAGUUUGUUGUUCGGCAUCAUCUUGUCAUCCAUUUUACUCAUUCGCUGGACGCCUGGGUCCCCCCCCCUCAGAAUUGUAAGAGAUUCUGGGGCUCAGCCAGGUGUCCCGUAACGGCACUCUCCCCCCCAUCCCCGCUGCACCAUGGUCCAAAUUUUGUGAUGCCUGCCCCCCACCCGCGCCCCACAGAUUACACCCCCUCUUCAUAUCAGUGGUUUUCACUGAAGGGAGAAAUGGUUCGUGGUAUUCUUAUUCGGCUUUGCACAGAAGAGGAGGUAGCUGUGAAUUUAAGCGGUCGUCUCAGGUGGGCCGUUCUUUAAAACUAUUGGGAUGUGUAGUAUUAUAGCUGAAAGGACAAACGACUCCAGUGUUAACAUUAUGCAAUAUCCACGGGCUGCCAGCUUGCACACACCUACUUGGACAUUUUAUUGUCGUGCCCGGUGAUCGUAAAUAUACAGGUUGCCUCUGGAAAGGGAAAAGUUAAUGACAACACCCCCCCCCACCCCCACCCCCGAACAAAUGCAGCUUUCCCCCUUUUCAUAGCUGGCAAUGAGAACCCCACGGAAAUAUGAGCACAGCGUUUGAUAGGUUUUUUAAAAAAAAAUUCCAGUGUUUUUAGGUGCUCAGGAGGACUGAUUUCGAACUCAGGGCACAGCGUGGUCGAUGGCCCCGUCGUCUGCUCUCCCUGUGCACUGCCCCCCCGUGGUGGAAUUUCCUGGUCACCUUUCACCCACAUUGGUAGCCCUCUGGUGAGCAGAGAGCUCUCUUUGCGGGGAGGGCAGUGCACACUUGACCGAGCGCAUAAGGGACCAACCGGAUAACCCCCUUGAGAGAUCAAAAGCGAGCCCAGGACUUCAGCGUCAGUGCUCCAAUAGCUGCAUAUAGACCACUGGAUCUGGAAGCUUUGAUCGCACUGUUAAUAGCUUCCAAAGUGGGCUAUGGACACGGACCAAACUUGGGGCACUGACGCUAGCGUCUAUUGUACACGUUGCCAUAUCAGAAGUGAAUAUUAUUCACCGUGUUUAACGAAAGCAUGACUACUUCAUAUCCACGCAGUAUUAUUAAGCAGUAUUGCAGCCUCUUGGAAUGCGGCUUUAUUGAUAUCAGAAAAAGAAACCUCCAACGGGGUCAUCAAGAAUAAAUUAUGACGGCAUUAUCCCAAAUUGAUUAGAAAACUAAGGCUCAUUCCGCACAUGCAGAAUAAUGCACUUUCAAACUGCUUUCAGUGCUCUUUGAAGCUGUGUGGAAUGGCAAAAUCCACUUGCAAACAAUUGUGAAAGUGGUUUGAAAACGCAUUAUUUUGCGCGUGCGGAAGGGGCCUGAGAUUCUGGCAUUGUCGUACACACCAAAGAGAUUCCCUGAUUCACAGCUGAGGCAUCUCAGACAUCCCAGCGUUCACACUCACGUCCAUGCAAGGAACAUGAAAUAUCUUUUUUCGUGUCUGAGAGUUCAGGAGUCCCAAAACAAGUCAUACUCUUUUAGCCGUACAAAUUAGAGGACCAAAAGAAACUGUCCAAAGCCGUACUGCAUCUUUUGAAAUAUCAUGUUUUCCUGGGGGUUGCGUCACUUCCAAAUCCAGGCAGGGAGGUCUCUAGUAUUCCUUUUUUAAAAAAAUAAUCUUACUCUUCCCUUGGAAAUCAGCAGGGGGAAUUGUAGCCAGAUCUCCUCCUGGUGAUACUGGUUUGAAAUGGAAAUCGGAGUCACAUGGUAUUUCUGAACCUGCAGUGCGUCUCUGAGUGAUCUCAAAACUGGCAACAGAUAAAAGCAUUUCCUUUUCAAGACUCCAGUUCCAAGUCGGCCCGUUUUGGUGUUCUGUCCCUGGAAAUUUGUCUGUCACUAAAGAAGCCCUCGCCACAUUAGAAGACCAACUAGUUUUCUGAUAACUAAUGUUCUAGAUUCGGUGGAGAGAGAUUGUGGGAAUAUUCAUCUUGCCUGUAGUUUCUUCAGAACAUUAAAACCUGAAUAACA